AUGGCUAAGAAAGAUAAGAAAUCGAAGGAUGCUAAGAAAGCUCGUUCAGCCGAGAAGCAGAAAAAGAAUUUAUCAAAAGCUGAGCAAAAAAGUAAGAAGGUUUCAAAGAAACUAGGUGAAGAAGAAGAGGAAGAACAAGAUAUAGAUGAGAUUUUAGAACAAUAUGCUAAGGAACAGGAGAGAUAUCAGGCUAUUACUGUCGAAAUAUGCAAGAGACCAUCUAAAAGAUUGAAUCCAGCGAUGGUUGCUAAUCCAACUCAGGGUAAAAGGGAAUUGAUCUUGUUUGGUGGUGAGAAUACCGAAGGUUCAAUUUCACAUUUCUACAAUGAUUUGUAUACUUAUUCAAUUGACAACGAUACAUGGAGAAAAAUAUCUUCGAAGAAUUCGCCAUUACCACGUUCAUCGCAUGCUAUGUGUGCACAUCCGUCUGGGAUAAUUUUGAUGUUUGGUGGUGAGUUUUCAUCUCCUAAACAAUCGACUUUCUAUCAUUAUGGUGAUACUUGGAUUUUAGAGGCUGACACUAAAGAAUGGACUAAAAUUGACCAAAAGAAAGGUCCAUCCGCCAGGUCUGGUCAUAGAUUAGCAUGCUGGAAAAAUUACAUCUUGAUGCAUGGUGGUUUCCGUGAUUUGGGAACCAUGUCUACAUAUUUGAACGAUUUAUGGCUAUUCGAUAUUACCUCCUACAAAUGGACUCAGGUGGAAUUUCCUCCAAAUCAUCCUAUACCUGAUGCGAGGUCGGGUCAUUCAUUGAUCCCUUGUGCAGAUGGUGCUGUGAUAUAUGGUGGUUAUUGUAAGGUUAAAGCUCGGAAGGGCUUGCAAAAGGGUAAAGUGUUGACGGACGGCUGGAUAUUGAAAAUGAAGUCAGACCCUAGCGCUAUCAGGUUUGAAAGAAGACGUAAACAAGGAUUUGUUCCAUCUCCUCGUGUAGGAUGCUCACUUGUCUUCCAUAAAAAUAGAGGUAUUUUGUUUGGUGGGGUAUAUGAUUAUGAAGAAAGUGAAGAACAAAUCGAUUCAGAAUUCUACAAUAAUUUAUAUUCAUAUCAAAUUGAAACUAAUAGAUGGUACAAUUUAUCCUUAAAGCCACAGAGAAAACAAAAACAACAGCAAGUUAAAGAUAAAUCGAGAGAUGAAGAUUUAGAAGAUAUCUUAAAUUCUAUUUUAGCUAAAGCUAAAUUAAAUGAUGACGAUGAUAUUGAAGAUAGUCACGAAUUAUCCCAUAUUGAAAAAUUGAAGGAAGAGGAAGAGAGUCAGGAAAACGAAAACGAAGAUGUCAUUGAGUACCCAGUAAUGAAUCAAUUACCACAUCCUAGGUUCAACGCCACUACCACUGUUGUUGAUGAUAUAUUGUAUAUAUUUGGUGGUAUUUAUGAAAAAGGAGAACACGAAUUUAAUUUGGAUUCAUUAUACGCCAUAGAUUUAAGUAAGUUGGAUGGAGUUAAGGUAUUAUGGGAAGAUUUAACUGAAUUAGAAGAAGAACUUGAAGAUUCAGAUGAAGAUGAAGACGACGACGAUUUUGAAUAUGAAGGUGAAGGAGAGGAUGAUGAUUCGGAAGUAAAUACAGAUACUAAAUUAGAAAUAGAAGAGGAAGAGGAAGAAGAGGAAGAAGCAAGCGAAGACGAAAUGGAAAUACCUGAUCCUAGACCUUGGUUGCCACAUCCAAAGCCAUUCGAAACUCUACGUGCUUUCUACGUUCGUACUGGUGCCCAAUUUUUAGAAUGGGCAAUAUCUAGUAACAGGGAAAGUAGAGGUAAAUAUUUGAAAAAGGCUUCUUUUGAUUUAUGUGAAGGAAGAUUUUGGGAAAGAAGAGAACAAAUCAGUAUUUCUGAAGAUGCUUUGGAAGAAUUAGGUGGUGUCGGUGACAUUAUUGAAAAAGAUAAUUCAAAGACUACCAAGAGGAGAUAA